UCGAAAAUGUCGAAAUCCAAGCACGGCGUCGUCUGGGAGGAUCGCGAAGUGCUAUUCGACCUGCCUUUUUCAUAUUUAAAAUUAAGGUGUGGCGAGAAGAUAUUUGACAGGAUUGAACCGAUUGAAGACACUAAGGGGAACAGCGGAACCAAAGGAAGAAUGGUGAUCACCAACCUGCGAAUUAUCUGGCAUUCCCUAUCAUCACCCAGGAUCAACUUGUCCAUCGGUCUGAGCUGUGUGCUAUCAACCAGCACGAAGGUGGUCAACUCGGGGCUCCGCGGCACCACGCAGGCGCUCUACGUGCUGGCUGGCUUCAAGACCAACAGAUACGAGUUCAUCUUCACCAACCUAGCUCCCAACUGCAUCCGGCACUACACCUCCGUUGUCGAUGUCCACAAGGCUUAUGGAGCAUCACGACUGUAUAGGGAUCUGAAGCUUAGAGGCGCCAUUGUUAGGAACAAACAACUACAUAUUCUGCCUCUGGAAAAGAUAUGUCUAAACGAGCACAGCGUGUGGAACCUGUCGAGUGAUUCUGGCAACCUGGGCAUCCUGAUCGUCACCAACGUGCGGGUGGUGUGGUAUGCCGAGAUCAAUGAGGCCUUCAAUGUCUCCAUGCCUUACAUCACCAUUGAAAGUAUUUCUAUUCGCGAUUCAAAAUUUGGGGAAGCUCUGGUGUUUGUAAUUCGGCCAACAUCUGGUGGAUAUGUUUUAGGCUUCAGAGCUGAUCCCCGAGAAAGACUAAAACCACUGCUUGCAGAAUUACAAACUUUGCACCAAGCGUACACUGAUAAACCAAUUUUCGGUGUAGAAAUUAAUUGGAAUAAAGAGACAUCUAAACCUACAACCGAUGACAUUGAAGAAUUAGAAGAAAUUGGUGAACCUCGAGGGGAAAUGGGACCUAACUUGUAUUUAGCCUCGCAAAUGGCUCAGCAGAAAAAUGACGAAAUAAUACAGCCUGUGUACAAUUCUUACCUAGGCCUUGCUAUAGAACCGAUCAAAGAAGGAUUUACAUUAAAAAGUUUAUUUGAAGUUCAGACUGCGGGUUAGUGCAUAGAGCAACACGGACCUCCGCGGACCUCUAUGGGGCUAGUGAUGAAAUUAAUUCAUAUGAAUUCUAUUGCACUAAAUUUGCAUUUAUGUAACUAAAUCUGUA